GUGUUUGAGUACCAGCCGGCAAGCCAAAUGACAAGGUCAGUUUCACGUGUCUGUUGCUCUUAUCUCAUCUGUCUGUCAGGAACUACUUUCUAGAACCAUCGGCCGAACUCUCCUGUUUGUCUCCUACAACUCUCGACAACUUUCUGUCGUUUUAAAGAUGGUGAGAGGAAGCCGCAGCCGUCCCUCCGCUCCAGCCAGCCCUCCUCCAUCCCAUGCUCCGUUCCCUGCUCAUCCACCUCCAGCUGCCAUGGCCCCGGCUCCUGCUCCUGCUCCAUCCCAGGGACCAGGUCUUAUGGCCCAGAUGGCUACUACUGCCGCUGGUGUGGCAGUAGGUUCGGCUGUGGGCCAUGUUAUUGGCGGCGCUCUCACAGGAGCUUUUAGUGGCAGCAGCAGCAGCCCAGAGCCAGCCAAGCCAUCCUACCAGGAGACCCCUCGUCCAGCUCCAGCGCAGCCUGGACCAUGUCACUUUGAAGUCAGACAGUUCCUGGACUGUGCCACCAACCAGAGUGACCUGAGUUUAUGUGAGGGCUUCAAUGAGGCGCUCAAACAGUGCAAAUACUCACAUGGUGUGUCAUCACUGGUAUAAAGGAUGAACAUCUGCUAUCCUCAACAACAUACUUCAGUAAUGAAAUAUACUUUAGACACGGUUACAUCUGCUGUUUGAUCUGUAGUAAUAUAAGUAUAUGAUUGGUGUAACGCAGACACUGAACUCUCAGGAUUGCUUUGUUUGGUUAUUGACUGACUGAAAUGUAAGGAAUGUUUUUGGUAAUGUACAGUAAUAAAAUCUUAACUUGUCUUAUA